GCCCAUAAUAAAACGCAUCCGGCAGUUCAGCACCACGACCACACCUGUUAUAUACUACUACUAUUCACGUAUAUUUCCCGUCCCUUCACUCUCGGUUUCAUUUCUCUCUGUUGUGUAGAAUCUCUCAAUCGAUUUGAAGUGAACCGGCAAUGGCGACCGAUGCCGAGAAGCUUACUCAGCUCAAAUCAGCUGUAGCUGGCCUUAAUCAGAUCAGUGAGAAUGAGAAGAAUGGAUUCAUCAACCUCGUAGCUCGUUAUCUCAGUGGAGAAGCACAACAUGUGGAAUGGAGUAAGAUCCAGACUCCUACUGAUAAGGUGGUGGUUCCUUACGACAGCUUAGCCCCUACUCCUGAUGAUCCAGCUGAGACCAAGAAGCUUUUGGACAAACUAGUGGUGUUGAAGCUCAAUGGAGGUUUGGGCACAACGAUGGGCUGUACUGGUCCCAAGUCUGUCAUUGAAGUUCGCAAUGGACUGACGUUCCUUGAUCUUAUUGUUAUCCAGAUUGAGAAACUAAACUCCAAAUAUGGAUGCAAUGUUCCCUUGCUCCUAAUGAACUCAUUCAACACUCAUGAUGACACACAGAAGAUUAUAGAGAAGUAUACCAACUCCAACAUUGAGAUUCACACUUUUAAUCAGAGCCAGUACCCUCGUCUGGUUGUUGAUGGUUUUUUGCCAUUGCCAUCUAAGGGGAACACUGGCAAGGACGGAUGGUAUCCUCCUGGCCACGGUGAUGUCUUCCCAGCCUUGAAAAACAGUGGAAAGCUUGAUGCCUUAAUAUCACAGGGCAAGGAGUAUGUUUUUGUUGCGAACUCAGAUAACUUGGGUGCUGUUGUUGACUUGAAAAUCUUACAUCAUCUAAUCCAAAACAAGAAUGGAUAUUGUAUGGAGGUGACACCCAAAACCUUGGCUGAUGUGAAGGGUGGUACUCUCAUCUCCUAUGAAGGGAAAGUUCAGCUCCUGGAAAUUGCACAGGUCCCUGAUGAGCAUGUUAACGAAUUCAAGUCAAUAGAAAAGUUCAAGAUUUUCAACACAAACAACUUGUGGGUGAACUUGAAGGAAAUUAAAAGGCUUGUGGAAGCUGAUGCAUUGAAGAUGGAGAUAAUUCCAAACCCAAAGGAGGUGGAUGGAAUCAAAGUUCUGCAGCUAGAAACUGCUGCUGGUGCGGCAAUUAGGUUUUUUGAUCAUGCUAUUGGAACCAAUGUUCCUCGAUCUCGAUUCCUUCCAGUGAAGGCAACUUCAGAUUUGCUCCUUGUUCAGUCUGAUCUUUACACCUUAGUUGAUGGUUUUGUUCUCCGAAAUGAAGCUAGAACAAAUCCUGCAAAUCCUUCUAUUGAAUUGGGUCCUGAAUUCAAGAAGGUUGGGAACUUUUUGAGUCGUUUUAAGUCAAUCCCUAGCAUCAUUGAGCUUAAUGGCCUGAAGGUGACUGGUGAUGUAUGGUUUGGUGCUGGUAUUGUGCUCAAGGGAAAAGUGAGUAUCUCUGCAAAACCUGGUGUGAAACUUGAAAUACCCGAUGGAGCUGUUCUUGAGAACAAGGACAUCAAUGGUCCUGAGGACCUGUAAGAAAGUGCUUGCUAUCUUGGAGGGUUCUACUGUCUUGCACAUUGAUGUGUCCUGUUCGUUUUGCGCUGGUUGUUCAAUGCUUAGUAUAUUGAUAUAAGAAUAAGAGUCAGUUUGCAGACUUUAUACAAAAUGGUUGUAGCUUGCGUGGUUGAUGCGUGGAGAGAGUAGGCUGACAUGAGGAUUUAUGGAAAACCAAAGGCAUGUUAUUACUCGACUAUAAAAGGGAAGAAAAGGAAAAAAAAUAUAUCCGUCAUUAUAUAUUUAGAGUUAUUGUACACUUUCAGACUACUUUCUUAUUGUCAAAAUCUACCAUUUGGGAUGAUUUUGUUUGCAGCACUCAGUCGCUAUCGAUUACAAUCAAAUAAAGGGAAAAGCUGGUGCAUUAUGAUUGCAAAA